AUGGCGGAUUUGGGGGGUCAGCGUAACCGGAACUACCGGCCCUAUGGCCCUGCCUCGAAUACACAACGAGAUGCCGCCUUCAACGAUAUAUUUGGGGGCGUACCUCAGGGAGGGCGCUCGCAGACUAUGAACUCGCAAACCCCACAGUUCUCCCAGGGUCGUGCUCACACAAUGUCGUCGCACACCGUGCAGCCCCAAUUCCAGAGGAUGCCACCGCCGCCAACACGACAGGUCCCGAAUGGAUACGGACCGCCGCCAUCUGCGCCGCCAAAUGGAUAUCCUCCCCCGCCGCCUUCCGGGCAAUACCAAGCAUACAAUCCUGCGGCUGGGUCUGGGGCCGCGACAAUGUCGUCGCAACCACCACAACAGCCGCGACCGUACCCGGGAGCGGGGGACGUUUCGCUUAUCCUCGACCCCAACGCUUGGAUUCUAGACCAGGCCCGCCACCCCAAUAUGCGGAUCCGCGGGACCUGGGUCGGCCGAUGCCCCCUCCAGCCCUAA